CGACUCCAGCCCCGGUCUAUCUCACCCCAGUUUGCCGUAAUACUUACUCCAACAAUCUUUGACAAAUUUGCCUGGUCGGGAACCCGGCUGCCCAAGCCUAAGUAAGCUGGGGCACAUAUCGACAUGUACUCUGUAUGCGUUGUUAGUCGUAGUUAUAGUGUGUAAUAUGUGUGUACCCGUCCUUCAUUAUAUUAUACCUCACUAGCCGAGCUACCUAGCCUAGUCCUUUUAUCCUACACGCGGGUUGUGGGGUCAGUCUCGCGUUAUAAGAUAGGAGUUUUCGGCGUCGAGUCAGUCAUUGCAUCCCCGACGUAUCUUCGACAUUCUCUAGCUCCGUAAUCGUACUACACGGGGCGCGGCGCAAAGCAAUAUUGAGAAAUGGCAUCGAUAUCCAACCACAGCUCCGAGCGUGGUGAAAAACCUCACUCGGAGACACUGGAGACCGCGUCCCACGAUAUAGAGAAGACCGGCGCCAUAACAGAUCACCAUGGCGAGUCCCUCGUUCGAUUUGACCCUGCGGCCGAGAAGAGGCUUCGAAACAAGCUCGAUUACAUGAUUGUUCCAACUGUAUCGAUUCUAUACUUAUUCUGCUUCAUUGAUCGCGCCAAUAUCGGGAAUGCUCGUCUGGCUGGUUUCGAGAAGGACUUGGGGCUAAAGAAUUAUGACUAUAACAUAGUCUUAUCCAUCUUCUACAUAAGCUACAUCGUCUUUGAAAUACCCUCCAAUCUUGCGUGUAAAUACUUUGGACCAGGUUGGUUCUUACCGGCCAUCUCCCUCGGCUUCGGUAUUACUUCUCUCGGAACGGCGUUCGUCCAAACCAAAGAAGCGGCCUGCGGUGUUAGGUUUGUGCUCGGCAUUUUCGAGGCUGGAAUGAUGCCAGGCAUCUCCUACUAUCUAUCUCGCUGGUACCGUAGAGCGGAGCUCACGUUCCGACUAUCACUUUUCAUUGUCAUGGCGCCUCUGGCAGGCGCUUUUGGUGGACUCCUAGCGUCUGGAAUUCUCACAUUAGAUCACUUUGGAAGCUUACACGCCUGGCGUAUGAUCUUCGGCAUAGAAGGGAUUAUCACCAUCGGACUAUCUCUCAUCUCAUUCUUCACUCUGACCGACCGCCCUGAGACAGCACGUUGGCUCUCCCAGGAAGAAAAGGAACUCGCGAUCGCACGCAUCCAGUCAGAGCGCAUGGCUCAAACCACCGUCCUCGACAACUUCGACAAGAAGAAGCUGUGGCUCGGGUUCUGGAAUCCCAUGGUGCUGUCGACGGCCUUCGUCUUCCUGCUCAACAACAUCACUGUGCAAGGCCUCGCUUUCUUCACGCCCACCAUCGUCUCAACCAUCUAUCCGAACAAGACCACCAUCGAGAAGCAGCUGUUCACAGUGCCGCCGUAUGUGGUGGGUGCCGUGUUCGUCCUCGGCCUAUCCUUUUCGAGCUGGCGCUUCGACCGAAGAGUCAUCUUCAUCCUGGCCACCGCGCCAUUUACGAUGGUUGGUUACAUCCUAUUCCUCGCAAGCCACGAGGCGCGCGUGCGGUACGCCGCAACGUUCCUCGCGGCCGUUAGCACCUUCGCAGCCGGCCCGCUGGCGAACGCCCAGGUUUCAGCCGUCGUGGUGAGCGACACGAGUCGCAGCAUGGCUAUCGGAACCAACGUCAUGUUCGGCAACAUUGGUGGCCUCAUCUCCACGUGGUCGUACCUGCCGUAUGACGCCCCCGACUACAAGAUCGGCAAUGGCAUCAAUCUGGCGGGCUCAAGUAUCAUCCUCAUCGUGUCUGUGCUUCAGUUACUAUGGAUGGCCUGGGACAACAAGAGGCGGGAUGCGAAGGACGUCGACGCAGAGUUGCAGGGUGUAUCGGAGAGCGAGAUGGAAAGCCUCGAAUGGAAGCACCCUGGCUUCCGCUGGCGGCCAUGAGCGACGAGUGUAUAAUUAUGAGGGGUCCCAUUUCCUUUGCCCUAUGUACAUCGGCCGGGGUUUCGUUAUAGUUAGAGAUCCGAUGAAGACUUGGGUAUAGUAGACCUUUGGUAAUUGGGUUAUUACAAUAUCUUCGAAUAGCUAUAGAAUAUUUCUGUUAUCUACACGAGAUGAGUGAAUCA